AUGCCGUCUUUCGCAGCAAAGAAAGUAGUUCGGACAUAUUCGCGCCAAAACAAACGCUCACUCUACGACGAACCGCCCACGAAGCGACGACGCGUCGAAACUGCAGUCGAGAGUAUCGAGACCGAGGUACUGAUCCCUCCCGUUGUUCUCGCAAUAGAAAACUCCUCGCCCUCACACACGAAAUCUUCGUCUCCGCCAUCAAGUCCAAAAGAGUCACCCGCCAUCUUCUCAGACGCAUUAGCUCGGUCUAGUCCACCAUCGUCACCAACACCGCGCAGCUCUCCCCCUCCGCUCCAGAAACGUCGACCUGUAUUUUCUAUAUUCAAGAAGCAAACCAAAGCUACCGCAACUAGCAAAGAGCCGCUUAUAGAACGAGCCCAAAAUGCACAAAGCCCGCCGAAACCACCACCAAAAAAGAAGCCCAUGGUGCAGAUGCAACUAGACUUGGCCUCGGAGACACGAAAAACAUGUAAGACGUGUGGAAUGCAAUACAUACCCUCCAAUUUAGAGGAUGCCGCAUUACACAAGAAAUUUCAUGCAAUCAACCUUGGGGGUAUGGACUUCACAAAGGCGCUCGUUCAGCGGUUACGAAAAAAUGAAAUAUGGAGUGGGAGUGAUGGGAGCUUUAUCGCGGUGGUCGGGCGCAAAGAUGCGCUUUUGCUGCGGAGCCGGGCGAGCGAUGUGUUGAAGAUAGUGAACACUGAACUUGCAGCUGUUCCCAUAUCCGACGAAGAGCUCUGGAGCCAGAAGUGUCAGCCAACCACGACCGAUAUUCUGAUUGGAGAAACAGUAUCCACCGACGCCGAAAAGCCAGCGACAGACAAGCUCAAACCCGCCCUUGUCGAUCGAUUCAAAGUCUAUCUUUACAUCCGGGGUAGCAAGUGUGUGGGGGCUUGCUUAGCAGAGCGGAUCUGGGAAGCCUUCCAAGCUCUUGAUCCAGAUGCUGCGUCUGAGCAGUCCUGCAAGCUCCCUGACACGACUCAAAGUUCGUCCAUUUCUAUCAGCAAUGAAUCCGAUCCGGCCAUCCUAGGCAUAUCGCGCAUAUGGACGUCAAAUCAGCAUCGGAAAAAGGGCAUUGCGACAAGGCUGCUUGACUGCGCAAGAGCAAAUUUCUUGUAUGGGAUGAGGAUUGAAAAGGCCAAGGUUGCGUUCAGUCAGCCGACAGAGAGUGGAGGAAACCUUGCGCGCAAAUGGUAUGGCAGCCAGGCAGGAUGGCAUGUGUAUAUUGAUUAG